GCUCGAGUGCGCGCAUUGAACAUGAUUGAUCCGCUAAUAGGACAGAAGAGCAGACGUACAACUCCAGCUUUAAAUCUAUCAACGGUUCCUCUUUUCUCAUUUCUUUCCACCUCAACUCAAACGAGCUUGAUGUGAGCGAGAGGGGAAACAAGCAAACUCCAAAAAUCACCUCCUUUCCCUUUCUCACCCUCACCGAGCACCUCUCACCUUUAUUUUCGGAUUCUGGCUUUAACUCACGGCUUCACCUGAGCACAAACGACACCGAGACUUUCCUGCAACUUUAACGCACACCAGGGGGAAAAAUCACCGACAGGGAAAACUGAGUUUGUUUUGUUACUUUUUUCUGGCACAACGACGCGUUAAAGUUACACAAUGAGUCUGAAGUCAGAUUCAGAGACGAACACCAGUGUUUCAUUAGAGGAGGAGGUACGAACGCUGUUUGUCAGCGGCCUGCCUGUCGACAUCAAACCACGUGAACUUUACCUGCUGUUCAGACCCUUCAAGGGAUAUGAAGGAUCGCUCAUAAAACUGACCUCAAAACAGCCCGUGGGGUUUGUUACCUUUGACAGCAGGUCCGGGGCUGAAGCUGCGAAGAACGCGCUAAACGGAAUCCGUUUUGAUCCAGAGAGUCCUCAAACGCUGCGUCUGGAGUUUGCGAAAGCCAACACGAAGAUGGCAAAGAGUAAACUAAUGGCCACACCGAACCCAUCCAAUUUGCAUCCAGCUCUUGGUGCGCACUUCAUUGCUCGAGACCCUUAUGACCUGACGGCGGCAGCACUUAUUCCCGCGUCCCCUGAAGCGUGGGCUCCGUAUCCACUGUACACCACUGAACUGACCCCAGGUCUGCCUCAUGCCGCUUUCACGUACCCUGCGGCUGCCGCAGCCGCCGCCCUGCACGCCCAGAUGCGCUGGUAUCCAUCUCCAUCUGAAAGUUCUCAACCAGGGUGGAAGUCACGCCAGUUCUGUUAAAAAGAUCAAUGCCAUGUGUUCAGUACCGGAUUUUUAAUUUUUCUCCCGUUUGAAGUAAGCGGAACUACGCUCAACAUUUAAUUUAAUCAGGUUUAUUUAAUGGACAAUCGAUGCAUGAAGGAAUUUGUUCUUCUCUGAAGCGCUCUGAUGAACGUGGUGAGAUGCACAGGAUACUGACAAACUUCACGGUACUGUCUCCGGUUUCAAACCUGCGCUCGACGAGCCAAUCACGCGCAGGCGUUCACUCGUCUAGCUGCUCUAUUUGCGGUUUUUAUUUUUUUUGGGGGGGGUGGUUUAUUGUGCAUGCAUUAAGUUAUGAGGUGUACACAAAAGCAUUUGUCUAGUCAUUUGUGCUUGUGUUGACAUGACUCCAGGUCCCAGCAAACAUAAAUAUUUUAUUGUCUUAUAUUCUUGCUCUCUCUCCAUUUCUUUCUCUCUUAUUACGAACUGAUGAUGACAUGCACUGGUUAUUUGUUUCUCUGUGUGAUUUCCGAAAGAGUUUUCCAAACUUUCAAUCCUCCUGUAUCCUGAUCUCACCAAACCUCCAGUAUCGGUGUCUGCUCUGAGAAUAUUUGAACAAAAAAAAGAUAGAAAAAUGUACAAUGUUUUUGUACGUUUGUGUAAUAAUGAAUAUUUAUGCAUUUUUUUUGUGAAAAGUAUAUAUGUAUGAGCAGUUUAGUGUUCCCUUGUUGUUUUGCGGUUUUCUUUUUGUUGAUGUUGAUUCUGUCUAUAGCCUGUUUGAAGUAAAUAAGUGCAAUUCAUGAUUUAUUUUCUUUGCUCUGGUGUUACAUACUGAAAGUUUUCUGACUGUGGCAGUACUGCGAGUUUAAAUGGACUGCUAACAUGAGAUUGCUGUAUUAUAUAACGUUUAGAAAAAAGUAAACGCUGAUUUUUCAGAAUGUGAAACUGGAGAAAUUAAAAGAGAUUUGAGGA